AUGCAACCGCCGCUAUACUCUUGGGAAGAGGUCCUCGCCCAUCGUGCUAAGCCAGCCACAGACAAUACAGAAAGUGCUACAGCCCCGGAUUUCUCAGAGAUUGCUUUUCCUUGGGCAGCUUCUUCGAAGCCAUCUUCUAUGGCCAAGACCAGAAUAAUACACGAUGCGGAGCUUUGGGGGCUAAAGCAUGCGGACAGAUUUCAUGUCGUCGCCUCCCCCUGUUGGUGGUGGCGGUGCUACUGCUGUGCGCCUGUAGCCGCAGAGCCAUUGCUGCACCGCUGGGACAGCCACCGACUACCCGCUUCGGGGACGGCCCCCAGCACGGAAAGAGCACCACCACCACCACCUAAGAAAAAGCGGCCGCCGCCGGUAUCAUCGUCACCGAACCGCCUCGGCAUAAGCCUCGUUUCAAGACCUAAUUACCUGCAGACGGCGAAAUCUUCAUUAGCGCAACUGAGGAUCUCUGAAGCAACGUCAUAUCCGGAAACUCCUAAAUCGAGCCUAGCUACAUCUUUCGCGUUUCGCGCGACAGUUCCUAGACUUCAGCAGUACCGAAAGGACCCCGAACGGCUUGAAACGGAUGCGCUGAGGCAGAAGCCGACAUUUUCACGCCUGUGGUCGGGGGCAAAGGAGGCUUUCCUAGCGGUCACCGAUGUGUACUCUCAGUGCAGACCGUAUCUGACAAUUCUUACGGAGGCUGAUGGCCAUGGACUGUUGUCCUUGGCUGCCUUGGUGCAUGCUAGCUUCCCGUCAUCCGCUAAUGGUACCGACUGUGGCUGCGGAUCUUCGCCGUACAGCUUGGUCUGGGGCGAUGACGUCCAAAUAGGGACCAGCAGCAGCAGCCACACGGCUGUCGUACCACUUUGUAGCCAUGCGCGGGGCCUGCUGAGUUGGCUGACGAUACAAAUGGACCCUACCAGAGCUGCGGCAUGUUAUCGCGUGGACUCCACGGCAGGCACGAAGCCAGGCAGCCUGGGCUUAACUUUUAGGGGAGGAGCCUAUUUCACACCCUUCUCGCCCUUUGCUGGCAACUACCCAGUCGGCCUCCCUGUCCCGUCCUUGGCUGAUGCUCAGCCGAUCUCGCCGCCACCGCCGCGACCUCCACCCUCACCGCCGCCGCCAAAGUCGACGAGGUCGCCGCCCUUCAGUAUUCGGAAUGCAACAGCCCAGGCGGCCGUAGCGCUACCCCUAUCCGUGUGCUACAGCCUUCGGGAAGGAGACUUAGUGCCCCUGGAGCCCCCGGAGUCCCCGUAUCCACCAUCACCAAGGCCUCCACGACCGCGGUCCCCACCACCUGCGGUUCAAACAUCCCAACCACCGCCACAGCAACCGCCGCCUGUGCGACAGCGGCCGCCGCCAUUCCCAGUUACCGCCGCCUCUGUCCUCCCCGUCGGCCGCGCCGACGACGCGUUCGACGCCAUCACCAGCACUGCCACCCGUGUCAUCAUCUCCCCCCGACCCAUCGCCCUUGUUGCCGCUGCUUCUGUCACCGCCGCCACCAUCACUGAUAACGCCGGCUACAUCCGCGCCUAUGCCCCCACAGCCGUCGCCGCGGCCAAAACCCCGCCCCCCGAGGCCGCCCUUUCCGCCUCGGAGGCCCCCCUCACCCAAACCACCACCCCCAUUCACGCCGCCGCGGCCCAGGCCACGGCCGCCGCCGCCGCCGCCACCUCCGGUAUUCAGAUAUGGCCCCAGCCUGUCAUGUGGAUGAGGAGGGCAUCGUCUACGUGGACCAGGAAGAAGUUUCCUUUCGGCCUGUUCCAUUCCAACGUGUGCUCGUGUGACGCGGCUCCGUACGUGCUGCGAUUUGGUUCUGAGAUAAUCUACCGCUCUGUGUCGUACUACACUUUCCGCUUGUACCCAAAGCCCUGCAAUGAGUCCAUCGUGAUUGACGGAGAGCCAGUUUGCAAUACAAUUCGAUCGCUCCUAAACAAGAUUGCUUUCCGGCUCGAAGCUACUUCUGCUCCGUGCUUCGAUAAUGUGACGACGUCAAUUGAGAGGGCUGCCAACUGGCGGGGUGUCCGCUUCUGGAACGACACCAUGUCGGAGCCCAGCGCCUGGAUCCAGGCUCGAGCAGGCUUUACCACGAGUCGGAGACACAUCGAGCUCUACAUCUACGGCCUCAGGGGCGACUGGACCCAGGGAACCUUCAUGAUGGCGAAAUGCAACCAGUUGGGCUCCUUUAGAAAUGUGUGCAAAAGGAGCGAUUACGGCAUGUGCCUGUACUCCUUCGUUGAUACGCCGGGCCACCGUUUCGUAACGAAUUGCCGUACACAAGGCCUAACGGAUUCGUACUAG